UCGCUUCUGAAAAUAUUUCAAGACAUGCUAAACGGCCUGUAUUCGAUUUGUACGGUGUUACUCCUGGUACAAAAAUAAUAUACAUUUACACGGAUAUUUUUUCAAGUGAGAUCUUUGUCAUUUAAUCAGCAGUGUGACUGUUUCUGCUCAGUUAUUUAGCUAACUUUAGCUAGGCUGUGUCAUUCUAAUGGUCAAGGGCUGCCGACAAGCGCAAGUCAGCUUCCAAAACAGCAACAAGUAACGGAACAACCAUUGAAAUCGCUCGUGGUUACGUGGCAGUUUAGCAAAGGAACAGAUUGCAAACAGACUCUUCAUUACAUUUUCUUCCUGUACCGCCUUGCUUGGCCAGCAGGACCCUACAACAACUACACGAAGAGGAGACUGCUAUUCCCUGGAGCUGGUGUAGGCUCUGGCUUGCUACGUUGUGAUGAGGAUAGCCUAGCGCUGGAGUAUUUUUUUUUAACACGCUGUCCCGAUGGCUGUCCGUUGGCUAUGCAAUCUGUUUGGGAAGCCCUUCGAUGGUGGGAAGCGUAAUAUGGACCAUGGCCACCCGCCCCACCAGCACCACCCCCACCCCCACCCCCAGGAGCAGCAGUCUCCGCCCCCCCAGCCUGGAGCCUUCCCCUACUUCCCUGGGGGAGGCGGUUUCCCUGGAUAUGCCGGGGGGGUGAGCUUUUUCCCAGGGUUCCCGGGGUUCCCGGGCGGGGGAGGCGUGUCGCCAGGGCAACAGCACCCCGCGCUGGUGAGGUUGGGGGAGCUGCAGGGAGAGGUGGCGACCCUCGGACCUCACGUGUGCGCCUUCAGUGGCCUGCAGAGUGACCGCGAGUACAAACGCCUGGAGAGGGACCUCACACGCCUGCAGCUGGAGGUGGACCAGGUGGAGACGGAGGGCCGUGCAGAGCUGCAGCAGGCCCGUAAGCGCGUGGCGGGGGAGGUGGAGGGGCUCCUGCGGUACCUGGAGGGGAACGCGUCGCACCCGUCCCGCCUGGCCGUGGAGGCGUUGGCCGUGGAGGCCCGCACGCUCCUGCUGACCGGCAUCGUGGAGCCGCACCGCGCAGGGCUGCCACCAGGGGGCGUCGACGAGCUGCUGGAGGCCGUGCAGGACGUGGCCAUGAGGCUCGCACAGGUAAAGACGGGUGGCAGUGUUCCUCUGCGGAAGGCGCGCUACCGGGCGCUGACGCGUGUGUGUGCGGUGCUGGAGGUGCUGGAGGGGACGUCGCGCGUCCACACACUCCCUCUUCCGCUGGCCAAUGAGACGCACGCCGCCGUGCAGGGCAUCAACCGGGCCAUGGGCGAGCUCUCGGCCGCGCGCUGCCAGCUGGUGGCCCUGCUGAUGGGGCUGAGUGGUGGUGGCUGUGCCAACCUAAGCCGGCUCCUCACCGAAGCUGCAGCUGGAUUCGGACGCACUGGGCGGCGGUCGGCCCGGGCGUAAAUCGCAACUACCGCCAGGCAGAUUGGUUGGGAGAUCAACGGCCUGCUCAAACACCUGGACCUGGAGGAGGAGGGGGACAACACACAC